AAAAGAAAUCUAAGAAAAAUGCUGAAAAGCACUCCGCAUGGGUACAAAUUCAUACUUAAAUUUCUGUUCUCUUCCAAUUGCUAGCCACUGGCACUGACAGAUCGGGAGCAGGAUGAGAUGGACGGUCUUGCUGUGGGAGUACCUGUUGGUGGAGGUCACGGCGCUGGUGUGCAGGGCGGAUGGUGAAGCAGAGCGGCGACUGGAGGGAUUCGUCGUUUUGUCGGGUUCAAACGGCUCGGAAGAGAGCGGUGUGUCCGAGAAGCCGCACACGCAGGACGAGUGUCGCGGCUACUACGACGUGAUGGGUCAGUGGGACCCGCCGUUCGUGUGCCGCACGGGCACCUACCUGUACUGCUGCGGCACCUGUGGCUUCCGCUUCUGCUGCGCGUACAAGAGCUCGCGCCUGGAUCAGAGCUUGUGCACAAAUUACAACACACCCGUUUGGCUCAAAGGUCAAACGCCGCACAAGAAGACGGACCCGAGGCACGACCCGACCAAGGACAAGACCAACUUAAUCGUAUACGUCGUUUGUGGAGUAGUGGCCAUCAUGGCGCUCGUCGGGAUUUUUACCAAACUUGGAUUGGAAAAGGCGCAGAGACCUCACAGGGAAAACAUGACUCGAGCUGUAGCAAGUGUGAUGCAAGGUGCCUGUCAAGCUGAACAUGAAGAAGCCAUCGGAAGACAUGCCCAGAACUAUGACAACAUGCAGGCGAGGGCAAACAAUAUGCAGGGAGCCCAAAUGCACAGCGUGAACCAGGCCCACCCCUACCCUGUCCUCAGCCAGUUGGCCCAUGUGUAUGAGCAGCAGCAACCUGGCAAAGAACUCAAUAAAUACGCCUCACUAAAGGCUGUUGCGUCAAACGUCAACGGGGGCUUCUACAACAAGCAGCACUGCCACUUGACAGAGUUGGGAGCGAAAGGCAGCCUGCCCCUCCACACAAUGAGGAUGGAGCAUGUGGAGCCCACUGCCACAUACGUCACCGAGAUCCCCAUCCCUAAGCAGAAUGAACAGAAACCUAAGCCCACCAAGCCCCAUGUGCCACAUCAUCAUAUGGCCUACAGCUCCAACACCAUAGCCAACCCAGGAAUGCUGAAGGCCUGGGAUGGCACAGAGACUGUGGGUCGGCGCAAGACCUAUGGCCCUAGGAAGCCCUGCAUGGUGGGCCAGAUGAACGAGCUCCACACUGCCCGCAGUCACCACUACCUACCCACACAGCCAUACUUCAUAACCAACAGUAAGACAGAAGUGACUGUGUGAAAGAAUGACUUGUCUCCGGAGGGCUCAUCCGUCUUUGAGAGCAGGAGAAAUGGAUCAUUAUCCUGACCUGACUGUAACCUUCACUCUGCCCCUUGUGGAAUGGAGGCAAAACUGCAGAUGUGAGCCGGUCACACCAUGAUCAGCCACACAACCAGGCGGUCAGCAAGCAAUGACAGCUGAACCAGGAACAUUCCAUUGUUUUUGUGAAAUGUUCACUAUAAUUUAUACCCAUGCCAAUGAUGAUGUGUUUGUGUUCAAUCAGUGAGAUAAUAAGCAGUUUUAAUUCAAAUCAAUGAGAAAAGAGUCAAAGUAAACAAGCAAUAAAAGCAAACUAAUAAACUGACACAAGAAUAAUAAUUGGGAAUAAAUAUUUACUCCAGUAAUUAAGAGGAAAUAAGUGUAGUACUGAACCUAAAGGUUCAAGGGUUAGUGUGGCAUGUUGAACACAGGGCCAGUAUUACUUACAGUACCAGAGCUGAUGUAGAUGAUGUCUCUUUACACAAUUAUCUCUCUGAUCAUUCAUACACUGCUGAGACUCAGAGCGUACGUAUUGUAUCUAAAAUAUUUAGUGGCAGAUGCCUUAUUUGAAGACACCCUUGAAAGACGUGAACUGUUAUACCACAGACUGGUAUUUUAGGGCUGUACCUUUCAUUUUCAUACUAACAGUUCUCAUUGUGUGUAGAUGAACAAACUCCCAAUUCAUUCAUUUGCUUUGUAACAAGCCCCCAGAAAUGUCAUUCUUAAGAAAUGGUAUAAUCUCUUAUACAGCCAGUUUGUGCUGUAUUUGUUGCGCAGUGCCAUUAGGUAGCAUGUGAACUGGAGACUGUAGAGUAAAAAGCACUGUUAACUAACAUCAUCGCUCUGCCACAAAUUGUGCCUGAUGGCUCUUUAGCUUUGGAAACAAGUAUUUGAUCUCCCUUCAGUAUAGUUAAAAUGAUUUUUUUUUUUUUAAAUGUGUUGUAUUGUAUCCUCUUGAAAUCAUUAAAGCUUGUUGUACAAUAUUUCUUCAUGACAAUAGAUGUAUGUGCAGCUACGUUGCAACCACUGGGUUUUAGCACUUUUAUUUCAGUAGUGAGUAAUUUGGGGGGAAGCUUUUUUUCCCCCCACACAGACCUUCUGGUGAAAUUGAUUUUUAAAGUAUAUAUAUUUAUACUCUUACCAGUAUAUGUAUGCAAAUGAUACAGUACAUUGUGCCAAGAAUUAGCUUGUUAAAGGUGUGUUUAAUUUGAUCUCUUUGUCUUUUUCACUCACUUGUACAUUCCAAAUGAGAAAAUAAGGUUUAUUCUGCUGCAUCACAGUAUAAGGGGUGUGGUUGUUUUGGAAAUAUUGAUAUCUUUCAAAAUCAAGAAAUGAUAUUGGAAUAAAAUAAACAUUUCUUCAUUCUCUCCAUAAUAUUUCUUAAUUGUUGUCUUCAGUGUUAACAGGAAGUUGGAUAGGAAUAGGUUUGAAUUUAGCUCUUUAUCUUAAUUAAUCCUGCAAACAAGGAAAAGUGAGUACAAAACACUUAAGGCCUGGUGUUAUAUUUCUUCAAAAGUGACAAAUCAAUUGAAACAAUCCCAUUCCAUGUAGCCUUUUUUUUUUUUAGAAUACAAAGCCUGGUGCAUUCCUGGACACAUUUUUCCCAGUUACUGUUUCAACUAUUCAGCCUCUAUAUUGUAUGUUAGACUUGGAUCAAGAAUCAAUUAAUAUUCACACAUUUUCAUCUUGUGAGUUCUAGGACAUCAUAUCGUCUUUGCUCCAGAGUGCAAUCUGGAAAACAAUUUAAAAGAAUGAAAUAACCAAAAACACAAGUGCAUCAUUUUAUGACAUACUGCUCUCUAGACAGUUCAUGACUCACAUUCUCCUUUUGUUUUUGAUCAUACAAAAGUCCAAAAUGAUAUGAUAUAAUAGAGCAAGAAGGGAGCCCAAAGUGUCAGCGUGCAUUGUGUGGAUUUCUCCGAUGAUGAGCCGAAAAGAAAAGAAGCGCUAAUUGAUUCGAUUCAGGUUCUUGGAGCAAGCGUACGGUCUCUAAUCCAAUUCUCAUCUGGCACUCCUUCACCUAUAAACAGGUGCCUCAAAUUAUCCAGCGGUUGAAUGCACUCGUUUGUGUUGAGGCUUUGUUACACUGCCAAAAAUUUCAAUUGUGGCAGUGGGUGCAAGUGACCUAAUUAGCAGAAUCAAGCUUUCUUGGUCUGCAGUCUGCUUGGCACCCAGACAAAUUCAGCUGUCAGACUCUGUGGUCCAUUCUGUCAUGGCAAUGAAGACGCAGCUGACGCUCUGCAUUGAACUAGCAAUCUCCCCCCUGCACUGCAUUUACCAUAGUUCUUAUAGUGUUUACUGAGUAUAGGUCCAUGUCAUAUUUUUUUCCUGCUGAUGAAGAGCAAUCUGAAUCGUAAAUGAAUUGUUUUAGUGAGUGAGAAUGAUAUACUGUGUAUAUCAGUACAUAGCUAGAAACCUUUACAUCAAAUAUAGCUACUAUUACCUGGCUAGGUAAAAUAACAUUUUUAUAAGAACUAAUGCCUGAUUCUCUUUUAUGGAGUUACAUCAGAUUCACCAAAGAACGAAAGCAUUUUCUGCUACCUAAUUUUUUAAAACCUGAAUAAAAAAAAACUGAAAUAAAUAUGUUUGAUUAAUUGUAGCAUCACAUGAUAUAAUUCACACUGAGGAGUAAUUUCAAGCAGC